AUCUUUUCCCGUACAAUGUUCAUCUUCAAAACCCUACCCUUCCUCGUUUCAUCCGUACCAUCAUCAAUCUUCUGAUCCUCCAUCAUUAGACCAAUCUGUAUCGAUGCUUCCUAUGCAGCCUCUUCCGGAUCAAUAUUUGAAGCCAUUCUAUCAAAGAUCAUGCGCGAAUGAUUUCGCCGCAACAAAUGCAUCAUCAGCCUCAUACUCGCUUUCUUUUGAAGCAAAUCAUGAUCCACAAGAACUAUGCAGGAGGACCUAUAGUAGUUCUAAUGUAACACAUCUGAAUUUCUCAUCAUUACAAUCUAAACAAAAUCAUCCAAGAUUUUCUUCUCCUCCUUCAUUCUCAACCCAUGGAGGGUCGGUGGCUCCUAACUGUGUGAACAAGACACGGAUAAGAUGGACUCAAGAUCUUCAUGAGAAGUUUGUGGAGUGCGUAAAUCGCAUUGGUGGUGCUGAUAAGGCAACGCCCAAGGCGAUAUUGAAGUUGAUGGAUUCUGAUGGACUCACAAUAUUUCAUGUUAAAAGCCACUUACAGAAGUAUAGAAUUGCGAAAUACAUGCCCGAGUCUCAAGAAGGCAAGUUUGAGAAAAGAGCUUGUGCGAAAGAGCUGUCUCAGCUUGACACAAGAACUGGAGUACAAAUUAAAGAGGCACUUCAGCUUCAACUAGAUGUUCAGAGGCAUCUUCAUGAACAACUAGAGGCAAUGAAACUUCUGCGAAACCCUAGUAGAUUCACGUCUCUUCUCAAAUGGGUAACACAACUUUCUCUAGAAACCCAUUUUAAACCCUCAAUUUCUGGAACUGGGUUUCUCCUCCGAUGUACCCAAAACCCUAGAUCUUUUGCCACCGUCACCGGUAACGAAGUUUCCAGUGAGAAAUCGAGUGUGAAGAGAACCCGAAAUGGGUUUAGAAUCACUCCCACAAUUAGGAAAUUAGCUGAGGAAGCAAUGUUGGAUUACUUCUAUUCCACUAGGGGUUUGCAGUAUAUGGUUGCAGAGAGUAUGAGCAAGAACAGUCCAAUUUUUAUUGAUAAUCUUUUGAAGAAAGUUGAUUGUGUUACUGCUUCUGAUAUCAACCAAUCUAUUACUCGAUAUCUACGGUUUCACCCGGUGAAUGAAUUCGAGCCUUUCCUUGAGAGCUCAGGUUUGAAACCCACUGAGUAUAAUCAUUUGGUUCCCUGUGAUAAGGUCUUCUUGGAUGAAGAAGGGUUUUUGCUUGAGAACCAUCAUGUUUUGUGUUAUAGUGGUGUUGACCCUAAGAAGAUUGGGAAGAUCUUCAAGGAAGCUAGGGAAGUUUUCGGGUAUGAAACCGGGGUUUUAGCUUCUAAGAUUAAGGCGUAUGAGGAUUUGGGGUUUAGCAGAUAUUUUCUAUCGAAGCUUAUCGUUUGUAGCCCGAGAAUCUUGAUUGGGAAUACGAAUGUUGAACUGGCUAAGGUCUUAAAGACGUUGAAAUCCUUGGGGUUUGAGUUUGAUUGGGUAAUGGAGAACCUGUCAGAUGAGGGACCUUGUGAUUGGAGCUCUGUGCAUCGUGUUCUAACCUUGCUUAGAGAAAUCUGUUUUGAUGAGGAAGAGCUAUGUGGGUUAAUCAGGAAGUGUCCAAGACUGGUUUUUGAGAAUUCAGGGAAAUGGACUGUGAUUCUAGUUGGGUUUGAAACAAAACUCGGGUCAUCUAGAAGUGAACUAUGUUCGUUGUUUCAGAAAUUCCCGCAGAUUCAAGUAGAGAAAUAUGUUUCGAAUCUAAGGCAGUGCUUCUUGUUCUUGAAAGAGAUCGAGAUGGAAGAUGAUGAGAUUCAUAAGGUUUUUCGUUCUCACUCCUGGUGGCUUGGUUCAUGUAAGUUGAAGAAAACCAGUAGCUUGCUUGUAUUUUUGAAGGCUGGGAAAAGCCGGGUGUGUCAAGUCAUUCAAGAAAGCCCAGAGGAGAUGAAAAAAUGGACAAUGGGGUCAAAAAUCCAGCCGCUACCAGCUACCAACGUAGACAUAGAGUCGAAAACAAUGAAGACUCAGUUCUUGUUAGACCUCGGAUAUAAAGAAAACUCUGAGGAAAUGGAGAGUGCAUUCAAGAAUUUCCGUGGCAGAGGAUCUGAACUCCGAGAGAGAUUUAAUGUCCUCGUAAGUUUAGGUUUUACCGAGAAAGAUGUCAAAGAUAUGGUGAAAGCAUGUCCUACUAUGCUCUCCCAGACCUGUGAUAUCCUAGAAUCAAAGGUGAACUACCUUAUAAACGAAUUAGGUUAUCCGCUUUCGACUUUGGUGGAUUUCCCUUCAUGUUUAAAGUUCACUCUUCAGCGGAUGAAACUCAGAUUCGCGAUGUUCUCUUGGCUUCAAGCCCGAGGAAAAGUAGACCGCAAGAUCAAAGUUAGUACUAUGCUCGCUUGCUCGGACAAAAUUUUCGUAAUGUCUUUUAUGCGAAACCCUAGAUUCAAAAGUCUUCUCAAUUGGGUAUCAAAAGCUUUUGCGGAAACCCCUUUUAAACCCCAAGUUUCCGGAGAAAACCCUAGAUUUUUCGCCACCCAAAGAGCACUCGUCGAUGCUGAAGUUUCCGGCGAGAAAUGGGGUCUUAGAACUCGAAACGAGAUUCGUAAAGUGGCUCAGGUUGCGAUGUUUGAUUACUUCUAUCAAACGAGAGGUUUGCAGUUUCUGGUUGCUGAGAGUAUGAGUAGGAAUGCUCCUGUUUUUAAUGAUAAUCUCUUGAAGAAGCUAAAUGGUUGUGAUGUUGAUGAUGAUGAUGACAUAGUUAAAGCCAUUACUAGGUUUCUAUGGUUUCAUCCUGUGAAUGAAUUUGAGCCUUUUUUAGAGAGUUUAGGUUUGAAGCCGUCAGAGUUUAGUCAUUUGAUUCCUUGUGAUAAGAUGUUUUUGAAUGAAGAUGCUUUUUUGUUGGAGAAUUAUCAUGUGUUUUGGAACUAUGGAAUUGGAAGAGAGAAGAUGGGGAAGAUCUUUAAGGAAGCUAGGGAAGUUUUCGGGUAUGAAACCGGGGUUUUAGCUUCCAAGAUUAAGGCUUAUGAGGAUUUGGGGUUUAGCAAAUUGUUUCUAUCGAAACUUCUCGUUUGUAGCCCAAGUAUCUUGAUUGGGGAUAUGAAUGUGGGACUGGCUAAGGUCAUGGAGAUGCUGAAAGCUAUUGGUUUUGGUGUCGAUUGGGUAACAGAGAACUUGUCAGAGAAGGUGUCUUAUGAUUGGAGCUCUAUGCAUAGGUGUCUAAGUUUUCUUAGAGAUCUCUGUGUCGAUGAGAAUGAGCUACGUGAGUUAAUCAGGAAGCGGCCAAAACUAAUUUUCGAGGAUUCAGGUGAAUGGACAAUGAUUCUAGCUGGGUUUGAAGCAAAACUAGGGUCAUCCAGAAGUGAACUCUCUUCGUUGUUUCAGAAAUUCCCACAGAGUCAGAGUAUAGGUAAGUUUGUUUCGAAUUUAAGGCAUUGCUUCUUGUUCCUGAAAGAUAUUGAUAUGGAGGAUGAUGAAAUCGGUAAGAUUUUCCGUUUGCAUUCUUCGUGGCUUGGUGUAACUCGUUUGAAGCAAACCAGUACCUUACUUAUCAAUUUGAAAGGUGGGAAAGGGCGGCUUUGUCAAGUCAUUCAGGAAAAUCCAGAAGAGAUGAAGAAAUGGAUUAUGGGGUUAAGAGUCCAGCCGUUACCAGCUACUGGAUGCAAGGUAGACACAAAGUCGAAAACAAUGAAGACUCAGUUCUUGCUAGACCUCGGAUACAAAGAAAACUCUGAGGAAAUGGAGAGAGCACUCAAAAAUUUCCGUGGCAAAGGAUCUGAACUCCGAGAGAGAUUUAAUGUCCUCGUGAGUUUUGGUUUUACCGAGAAAGAUGUCAAAGAUAUGGUGAAAGCAUGUCCUAGUAUCCUCUCCCAGGCAUGUGAUAUCUUAGAAUCAAAGGUUAACUACCUUAUAAACGAAUUAGGUCAUCCGCUUCCGACAUUGGUAACUUUCCCUACAUGUCUUAAGUACACUCUACAGCGGAUGAAGCUUCGAUUUGCAAUGUUCUCUUGGCUUCAAGAUCGAGGAAAGGCAGACCCGAAGCUUGCAGUUAGUACUAUACUUGUGUGCUCAGACAAGUUCUUUGCCACUAGAUUUGUAAACCGUCACCCCGAUGGGGCUAAGCAUUUGGAAGACCUGAAGAAACUGUUUCUGUGUCAGUAGAGAUAAAGAAUGCAUCAAGAUAUAUAGUAUUGACCACAACAAUGCAAAUGAGCCUCAAACAUACAGCAACCAAUUCGAUUUUGUAUCUGAUGAAGACAAUUUUGUGGAGCAGUAGCUUCAGUUUUGUGAUAUCUCCUUGAGCAGAUUGCUAUGUAUGUUUUUACAAGUUCUAUAGCAAUUUUUUAAAGUUGGAGAAAAAAUAAUCAACUUUGUUUAAU